CUCGCUCCUCUCCAGCAGAGUCCGAGCUCUCCGCGCCGCGAAGCCGCCUGCUCCGCAGACACCGAUUUUCUCGAGCGCCGUGCGCACCCCAAACCUCUACUGCGGCCAGCAUCAACCUCGGGCUGUUCAGUUUAGCCCCGCGCCCCACCGCCACCGCCUCGGCGCGCCCUUCCCCUGGCCCUCGUCUCCCCAAUGUCUGACUCUGACUCUCGGACUGAGAAACGCAAGAAAAAAAGACCAAAUGGCAAAGCAACCUUCCGAUGUAAGUUCUGAGUGUGACAGAGAAGGCGGACAAUUGCAACCAGCCGAGAGGCUCCCCCAGCUCAGGUCUGGGGCUCCGACCUCUCUCCAGACUGAGUCGCAAGGUAAUCACGAAGGCGAAGGCGAAGGGGACCACUGCCUGCAAGGCAGCCCUCAGGGCCCGCUGGCCCCACCAGCCAGCCCAGGCCCGUUUGCGACCAGAUCCCCGCUUUUCAUCUUCGUGAGAAGAUCCUCCCUGCUGUCUCGAGCCUCCAGUGGGUAUUUCUCUUUUGACACAGACAGGAGCCCGGCACCCAUGAGUUGUGACAAGUCAACGCAAACCCCAAGCCCUCCUUGCCAGGCCUUCAACCAUUAUCUGAGUGCAAUGGCUUCCAUGAGGCAGUCUCGGGCUGUACCUGCAGAUUUGCGUCCGGAGAUCUGGAUUGCACAAGAGUUGCGGCGUAUCGGAGACGAGUUUAAUGCUUGUUACCCACAGAGGGUCUUUCUGAAUAAUUACCAAGCGGCUGAGGCCCACCCCCACAUGGUUCUCUUACGACUAUUGCGUUACAUCGUCCGCCUGGUGCGGAGAAUGCAGUGAUGACGGUUUCCUGCAGAGCCAAGAUGUGUGCAGACACUUCAAUGUUCACACCACAACCCCCGCACCAAGGUCUCACAGUGCCAUUGUUCUGCUACAGGCAGCGCCUUUCCCGAGAGAAGUGGGCAGGCAUCGAGUGACCACCAGCUUCACCAGACACCCAGCUGCAUGUGGGCCUGGCCACAUGUUCAUCACCACCUAGCAGGAUUUUGGAUGGAAGCUUGUGAAUGUAAAUGAGAAUUCUAUUUUUUUAAUGUACAAACCAUGGUUCUUUGGAGCAGGAUUUUAUGCAAGAGCAGUGUUUAUAUGCAGUGUGGGUUUUUUUUCCACCUCCUUUAAUAACAGGUUUUUCAAAAAGGAAAUGGAAACUUUUCAAACCAACUUGUGAAUGAUUUUUAUACUAGAAUUUUUUUAAGAACCUGUUGCCUAGUCUCAGAGGAUUAUAUAAACUCUGUCGUGAAAACUAAGACAGCUACUUUAUAAAGCUGCCUUGGUUAAUUUUUAGGAGUUACUGUACAGAUAUUUUUAACUGGGAGAGGAGUGAUAUGGUCUCUCCCUGCUAUUGCCUCUGACUUUUUUUUAUAAAAAAAAAUAAUUAUUAAUACCAAAAAAGUUCUUAGGGAAUAGAAUUGAUUGAAGGGGCAAUAGGUCUGUUAGCCUGUAUUGAUAUGCCACUCCUGUUUUGUAAAUAUUGACUUACCUCCUUAAAUUCAUUAGCAUCUGUGGCAAAAUGUCAGACUCUUGUCAGUGAGUUUUCUUCUCUCCUCCAGCCUGUCUGGACGCCGCUGAUGCUCGGAUCCGGUGCACCAUAGUCACACCAUGACUGACCAUAGACGUACCAUGACUAGAUCAGGACAUGGGUUUAGCUUCUGCCUCUGUUGUGUACAGCUGUUAUUGGCUGGUAGCUCGGUGGUACUGGUUUACAUUUAGUUUUGAUGGACUUAAUCCUCGAGAAGUCUUGUGAAGAGGAAAGAGUAGGAGGGGCGGCAAGUAUGUUACCACUUUGCACUAGGCAUUUCUGGUUUCAUGGGCUUUUCUCCCAGCUCAAUUACUGAGAUAGCCACCAGACCCCUUAGAGCUGAGCUCAGGGCCAGGUGUCUGAACCUCAGUCCUUGGGGGGAAGUGGCAUAGGCUGUGGGUGGAGCAGUAAGACAAUUGUUUCCUGGGUAGUCCUGGCUUUUCAUCCAACCAGAGUUCAUCUGUCCGGAAAUGCAUGGCAGUUGACUACUACUCUGCAUCCACUUUGCUGUCCUAGUCUGCUUUUACCCUCAUCAUCAGAUGCUCAGUUGGGCAGAAGUCCAUAAUGGUUUCUCAACCUUCUUUAAGAUGUGUCUUAGUUGUUCCAUUUCUUUUGGAUUUUGUUUGUGGGGUCACCCCACUUUCAUAGAGGUACACUUCCUCCGCACCUCUCCCUGAGAAUUGCAGCCACCAGUUGGUCCAUUAUUUCAAAGGCAACAAAAUGUCCAGGGAGACUCAAGAGAGGAGCAGAUUAGGGAGCAUUGAGGGGAGGGGAAGGCCAUUCAAUGAACCUUGUAACUCGCCAUUUCAAACCUCAGUUCAUCGGUCAGUUUUCCUAAAAGUAAUACAUGAGUUUUUCAAGCAAGUCAGUAGUGCCAACAACUAUUUUGUUUGUUUUUGGCUCAUCAUGGGCCAGUGUUAUCACAUGCUUAAAUUAAUGGGAAAAAAUCCAUUUAUUUGAAUCUUCACGAUUUUAUAUAAUAUAUAUAUAUUGCAUAUACAUCUUUUCUCUAGAUAUAUUGAGAUAUUUGAUUCUAAAUAAUCUUUCUUUUUCAAAACAUUCACCCCUCCCCCACAAAUAACCUCCUUGAAGUCUUGAAUAUUUUUAAGGCUAUGCUGAGUCUCCACUUGUGUUCUUGAUGUGUCUUGAACUCCUUUGUGGGGUCAGACCACAUGCAUUUGGUGGUAGGAAAGCCACAGUCAUGAACUUGCUGGACAAGAACACACACACACACACACACACACACACACACACACACACACA